GGGACAAAGAACGGGACAAUGACGCGAAAGACGGCUUGGAUGAGUUACCAGUAGUCGUGUCAGCCGGUCGAGCAUGGGCCAUGGGAUCUCGUAGAGUAUAUAAGAUCUAUCGAGCUGGCCGUUCCCUUGAGGACCGCUGAGCUCAAGGCCCGUCUCGAAUCCAUCCCACGUUCGUUCCAAUCACUACACUCACCUUAGUCUAUCUUUAAACUCCAACUUUCAAACCCUUCAAGAUGAAGUUCCUCAGUCUGCUGGUCCCGACCUUCGCGGUCUUCUCUGCUGUUUCCGCGGCUCCUACCGCCCUCAGCUCUAUCUCCAAGCCUGUCGAGGCCACUGACCCCACGGCUGUCAUCUCUACCCUGUUCUCUACCGUCCAGGAGCACACUGCCAAGAUCAACUCCACCGCUGCUGGUGUCUCCCAGUCCUCUCCCCUUGAGGAGCAGCAGGCCGCCGGCAAGGCUAUCACCGCCGAGCUUGCAGCUAUCAACUCUGCCGUUGUCCAGGCUACCUCCCAGGUCCAGGGCAUCCACAAGCACGCCAUGGCCCUCAAGAACUCGACCAUUGCUACUCGUCAGACCGUUGACCUUGACAUUGACCUCGCCCCGCUGGUGACCAACCUCCUGCUUGAGGUUAGCGGCACUCUGGACAACGUUAUCUCCAGUCUUGGUCUCCCUGCUACUCUGUCUUUCCUUGGACCUCUCGUCGGCAGCUUGGGUGGACUUCUCGCGUCUCUUGAAGUCGUUGUUAACCAGCUGCUUGCCCUUGUCAAGCAGCUUCUUGACGGCCUUCUCACCGGUCUCUCCGAGGGUCUCACCGGUCUUUCUCUGUAAAGGGCUCUCAAUGCUUCCGGUUGUUCCUCAUGUGAAAAUAUUUAGGAAUAAUAUCUAAUGGAAACGCACUACCCACUUAUCAGAAC